CUUCCGGUUUGCUGUCAUUGCUGUGCGCUGCUCGCGUAUCCUCGGUAUAUAAACAUUACUACACGACGCUUUUUUACUGCAAGUAGCAUUUUGCUCUAAUGAGCACUUAUGUACUUUAGUCUUUGCACUCAAAGUAAAGCUUUAGUUAUGUUUGCUUGUGCAGUUACACAGCGGUUACGUCACGUUGUGUGUCUGGACUCAGUGCAGAGAUGUUCAACACUCUUCACCAGGGCUUUGGUUUCUCAGGCUCUCCGAAGUUUUUCAGAUGCCCCUGCAACUACGAAAGACUUGAAUAAACCUAUAAAGCAAUGGGAAUUAUUAGUUAGUCCUUACACGAAGGUCAGAUGUCAUUUAGGCUGUAAUAUAUCCAUAAAACCACUGGAUCCACAUGCUUUUCCUGAAGCUGACCGGGCAUUUAUUACUGUGCACGUGACAGAUGCGAAUCAAACUCUUAAUGUGGACAGAUUUCAUGUUCAUUAUGAUGAUCAAAGCAAUGAACUUCAGAUUUUGUCCGAUGAGGUGGACAGCAAUGUCACUGUUGAACUGACAGCACCUAUUAAAUGUGUCCCUGUCCAUCCCUCCAGAUCUCCACAUCAAGACUAAAGACAAAGGCAAUGUGAAGAUCAAGAAUAUGGAGAGUGACCUCUGCCACGUGCACACGGAGAGAGGACACUGUGUCCUGAAGUCUGUAAAGGGUCAUGAGGUUCAAGUUCAGUCCACAGGAGGAAAUGUCACUGGACUCAAGACCUUACAUGGGAAUGUAGAUAUCAGCACAUCUGUGGACAGUAAUAUUGAUAUUAAGAAAAUUCAGGGAACCACCAUGAAUCUCUCCACAGAACAUGGGGAUCUGAAAGUGAAGGCCAUCUAUGGCGAAUCCACCUCACUGUCAACUUUCUCCGGGAACAUCCAGAUUGGCCAUAUACACGGUGAAGCUCUUGUUCGCAGUGAAACAGGAAACAUCGUCAUUGACAGCUCAAGUGGUGCACUGAAGGUGUUUACUGCUGCUGGAAACAUUCAUGCAUAUGUGGGAGAAGAUGGAUCUGCAGAACUUCACAGUCAACAAGGUGCUGUGAGUGUGCGUGUGCCCUCCACUGUGAAGACAGCAGUGCGGUUGUGUGGAACCUCCGUUAGCAUUAGCUCAGAGAUAGUAUGUCAAGAGACUGAACGAACUUCAGCUGAUGGGAAGACAACAGUCACGGCUCAUUUGAAUGGAGGCGCAUAUGAAGAACAAUGGAUCAAAGCCACUGCUGAAAAAGGUGCUGUGGACCUGAGAAGCCAGAGCUGGUUUGAGACUCUCAGACUUGGAGCUCAGAGUUAAAACCUGCACAGAAGCACUGGGGACCAAAUACAGAACUGACAGAACCGGUUAUAACCCACUUCAGUGAAUGGAUCUUGCAUAUAUCUGUCCAAAAAGACCAUAUCUCUCUUGACAUAAGAGUGGUGAAUGUCUCUGUUUGAAACAGGAUGCAUGUCAUUUUAGAGGUGGGGUUGUGGGGAAGUCCUGCCUCGAAAGAUACAGUAUGCAACCAAAGAUGACAGAGACAUUUACUACCUUUUACAAUUGGUGGUACUCAUGUAUUACACAAAGUGCAAUAGUAUAACAUCCUGUUACAGUACACCAGAUUAGAUGUUAAAUAGUACCUACACGGUUAAAAAAAAAACUGUACUAAAUAAAUAAAUAAACAAUUCAACUUUUAA